AUGCUUUCUGCAUCAGUCACCAAUGACACUGCCUUCCAUCCUUCCACGUUUAUUCUGCUUGGAAUCCCUGGGAUCCAAGACCAGCAAGUGUGGGCUGCCAUCCCCUUCUGCUCCAUGCAUAUCCUUGCUCUCGUUGGAAAUGGCACCAUCCUUUACAUCACCAUGACAGAUAGAACUCUGCAUGAGCCAAUGUACCUCUUCCUGUGCCUACUUUCUAUCACUGACCUGAUUCUCUGUUCCACCACAUUGCCCAAAAUGCUAACAAUCUUCUGGCUUAGGCCCCACAUAAUUUCCUACCAUGGCUGUCUCACACAGAUGUUUUUUGUUCAUACUGUCUUUGCCACAGAGUCGGCUGUUCUACUGGCCAUGGCUUUUGACCGCUACGUGGCUAUCUGCCGUCUGCUUCAUUAUACAUCCAUCCUUAAUGCCACAGUGAUUGGGAAGAUUGGUCUGGCAUGUGUGGUCUGUGGCCUCCUCUGUUUUCCCUUUGUCAUCCUCAUUGAACGUUUACCCUUCUGUGGACAUCACAUCAUCUCCCACACCUACUGUGAGCACAUGGGCAUUGCCAAGCUGACUUGUGCCAGCAUCAAGCCCAACACCAUUUAUGGUCUCACUGUGGCACUUUCAGUCACUGGCAUGGAUGUGGUCCUCAUCACCACCUCCUAUGGCCUGAUCCUGCGGGCUGUGCUACACCUGCCCUCCAAGGAUGCCCAGUUCCAAGCAUUUAGCACUUGUGGAGCCCACAUUUGUGUGAUUCUUGUUUUCUAUGUACCUGCCUUUUUUUCUUUUUUCACCCACCACUUUGGUCACCAAGUACCUCCUCAUGUCCACAUUGUACUUGCAAAUCUCUAUCUCCUUGUGCCCCCUGUUCUCAACCCCCUGGUCCAUGGCAUUAAUACCAAACAGAUCCGCCUGAGAAUAUUUGGCUUUUUUAUGGGAAGGAGGUACCUAGAAUCUCUACGUACCCCAAGGACCAAUGGGAAAAGUUAUAAUUAA